AUGGCCUCCAUCCAGACCGGGGGACCGGACGGCGUCACCCUGCACGGCAUCGAGCUGCGCCGUCGAUACGCCGGCGAUGUAAACCCCGCGGGCCUGCGCCACGGCGUGGGCCGAUACGAGUUCCCAAAUCCGGCGUACACGUACGAGGGGGACUUUCGCCUCGGUCGCAAGCACGGCGUCGGGACGUUCACCACCCCCGACGGAGGUCGCUACGUCGGCGAGUUCGUCGACGACGAGAUCACCGGCCGGGGCGAGCGCGUGUGGGGCGACGGCCGAGCGUACGUCGGGACGUUCACCCUGGGCGAGAUGAACGGCGAGGGGCGCCUGACCCGCCCCGACGGAGGAUCGUACCACGGCGGUUGGCGCGCGAACCGACGGCACGGGCGCGGCGUGGACACGCACGGACCGAGUGGGGACACGUACGACGGCGAGUGGGUGCACGGGAAAAGGCACGGCGUCGGCGUCGCCGUGCUGAGAAGCGCGGGGGACGAGACGUACGAUGGCGCGUGGGAACGCGACGAGAGGCACGGCGAGGGCCGAAUGGAAAACAGAUCGUCGGGCGAAUCGUACGUAGGCGGGUGGCGCGACGGGAAGAGACACGGCGUCGGC